AUGUCUGCACCUGCUGCAGAUCGUGCCAAAUCCGAUGCACCUGCAGCUUUCAAACAGAUUGACAGCCAGCGGCUGUUGAAGGAUGAGGCCAUGAAGAUAGUGAAUGCAUUGCGCCCCAAUGUGGAGGACAAGCCGGUUGUCACAGUACUGGACGUCAAGAUGGGAGAGCAGGAUUUGGUAGAUCCGGUGAAUUACGAGGUGAUGAAGUCGUAUGUGCCGGCACUCCUGAAGGGAGUGGAGUUGCCAAAUGCAGAUCUGAUUGCGGCGCUCUUAUAUGUCGGCUGCAUCUACGGUUUUUGGACAGAGGCUUUUGUGGCCGUGAAAGGCAACAAGGGCAAAAUGAAGGAUCUGGAAGUUCUCAGUGCUGUUGGGCACGAUGAAGAAUUCGAAGGGGAAGCUCCUUGCGAGUUCGAAUUCAGGGAGCUGGAGGCCCCGUCUGCUGGGAGCAUCCCUGUGGUGCCCCUCGAGGACUCAACAGGUGAGCCAGUGUCAACCGAGCCCGUUCAUGUGCAUGUCACAUUCCCAGCUUACUUGGGUAGUGAGAAGUCCCUUCCCUGGGCCUUGGAAGUGCCCUUCCCAGUGAUGGAGCAAACUGCACUUGCGAUUCCUACACCGACUGUGGCCCUGGAUGUGGCAAUCUCAGCACAAUGCAUUCGCCCCGAUGGAGCCGCCGAUGUCUUCAAAUCCUACACCAACCGAGGACCGAACACCACUUCUCCCAGAGGGCAAUCUACCAUUCAACUUCCCAGUGAACAAGCAAAGAAAAGGCUCCAGGGUGACAAGAGUGCAGCGGCAAAGAAGCAAAAGCACCCUGUGCCUCCUGAGCAAAACACGGCACCUGCUACGCACCCUGAACAAGCCAAAGCCCAGGCAGGCGCAGAGAAGCUUCUUCUUGCAAAGCUUACAGAUUGUGUGCCCCCGAGCUUCACUGUCAAGUGCCCGCAGGGAGCCUCCGUGGCCGUGGGUGCGAGGGGAGUCACAGUCGAGCUCAACAAACAGUGGGACCUCGCCCAGAUCUUGGCUGGCUGGAAGCAGAUCAGCCAGCGUGAGCAGGUGCAGGGGCUCUGGAAUGUUGAGCUCUUUUCUGGAAUCGGCUCCGUGGCCAAGGCCUUCAGUGCCUUGGUUGACAGUCAAUGGACCAACAAGGCCAUGCGGCAAGCCCUCGCCAAUGUCUGUCGCCUGCGUGGCUUGGUGAAAGUCACCCGCAAGAAAAAGCGGGAUGGCUCUGUGGCUGUGAAACCCGUCUGGGGUCAGUCUGAGCUUUUGCAGACUGGGUCCAAGGAUCUGGUGAAAACAGGAGAGUAUCCGAGAAGCUUUGCUGACUUCAUGGCGACAUCUCAUGACCAGGUGCUGCAGUCUGGUCACGUGAUCGACUUGGAUGAGAUCGCCUUGGGCAUCUCCUCAUCCCUGCAGUGCUCUUUCGAGCUGGCAGACCUACUGCCCCUCCAGGGGUCCAGGAAGUCCACCGACUUUGUCGAGAAGGAGGUCCAGAAAGCGCUGCGAGCUGCUGGUGUUCCUCUUUCAGGUUCGACUCCACCACCACAAACGGUGCUGAAGCUUCGAAUGCCCAAGCAAGAGGUGAAGGCAGAGCAGCCACAUGUCGCACCAGCCACUGGACACAAGGUCGCUGCAGCCUUGCCGGUGCAGCCUGUUGUGGACACAGUCAUCACAGCAUCACCUGUUGACCCUGCAACAGCAGAUACCCAGGUGGAUGCCGACAUGCAGCAAGCCAACCUCACUGCCUGUGCUGAUGCAGAGAUGCCCCCGGCUGUGGAGACACCUGCUCAUGAGCAGGGUGAUGUGGACAUGGGACCCCCAGCAGCCGAGACAGCCCCCACGCAGACAGAGAUGCCUCUUGAUCAGCACUGUGAUGUAGACAUGCCCCCUGUGUGCACAGAGAUGCCCCCACCAUCUACGACGCCCGUGAAGCCUAAGCCAUCCGGUGCUAUAGACAGUACACAGCAGGAGCAGACACCACUCGAUCCACCCGAGCCAUCCGAUGCUGUAGACAGUACACAAUUGCAGACACCAGUCGAUCCGCCCAAGCCAUCCGAUGCUGUAGACAGUACACAAGAGCAGGCACCAGUCGAUCCACCCAAGCUGUGUGAUGCUGUAGACAGUACACAAGAGCAGGCGCCAGUCGAUCCACCCGAGCUGUGUGCGGAUGAAGAGACCAGUGUUGCGGCCCAGCCCCGUAUGCGACAUGCUGACACAAUGAGUACCAUGGUCCUGGGGCAAUGGAGUCGAGAGGACUUGAGCGAGGCUAUGCAGGAUGAACCCAAACCAAGCUUGGUGGCAGCCCUUGGUGUGAAAUACUUUGGCAUGUUUCAUGGGGCAGAUGAAAGUAUGGAUGCGGCCGAGAUGGCCGAGGCUUCUAGCUUGCUGACGUGGGCAGGUCAUGUUCUUGGUCCCAGCUGCAAUUCCGAGACGCGUGAAGUGUCCUUGGCAGCAGCAGAGGAAAUGGCAGGGGAAACCAUUCGGGGUACGGCUCUCUUGCCCCACGAGACCAAGCUCUUCCUAGCCCCGGCUGUUGAAAGCGUGAAUGAGGCACUGUCUCGAAUCCGUGAGUUCAAUGGUCUCGAGGAAUCAGUGCGAUCGGGACAAGAAGCUGUUCAUCAACAAGUUGAGAAAACACGAACUGCCCUAAGCCAGCAACAUGCAAAGGGAGACAUUUCCGAGGAUGUGCACACGCAAAAGCUCAAGGCCGUGGAUGCAUGGUGCACGAAAAAGGAACAGGAGCUCUAUGAGAAGCUACAGGCCAAGGAAGACGAGGUAUGUGCCAAGAUCAAUGCAGCGAUUGUAUUGAUUUUGAAGGCCUGGGACAACCUGAAGCCUCAGCCGGCACUCUUGGAAAGGAUUGACGAGAAUGGUGAGCAGCCUAUGGAGGUGGAUGAUCUGGAACAAGAGAUGAUGGCAGAGCUGGAUGCCCAGCUGUUGGCUACAACCUUGCACGACAAGGAUGCAAACAUGGAGCCGCCGCCUGCCGAUGUGUCCUCACAGGUGCCAGGAGCUGCAAAGGAUUUGAAGGGUGCCAGCACUGGGGAGCCUGGGUCGGGCACUCCGGAGGCUGUGGAUGGCCUUUUGUGCAAUUCUGAGAUCAAGGCUGCAGAGGGUGUGGGUGGCCUUUCGGGCAAUUCUGAGAUCAAGGCUACAGAUCCAGAGGGUGUGGGUGGUGUGGCAAAUGGGGCGGAGGUUGCACUUGUGAAGCCAUCAGGCAUUAAAGGUGCGGUGGGUGCAGCCCUUGACAAGGGCCUUAUCCAGGACAUUCUUCUGCGUCGCCCAGACAGCUUUCAGCUGCAGGAGACGGGUUGUUAUAGCAGUACACCCUACGGCCUCAACCCUCAACCUAGGACCAUCCCCUAUAUUUGCUUGUUUAAAUCAUUUCCUGAUGAUGCCCCUGCCACUUGCUGCAGGAGGCUUCUCUAG